GCUCCUGACAGUCGCUGGAUAAGCUGAACACAGAAACCCGACUGCACCUCCUCUUCUACAGAGAUAACUGGAUUUUUUUCUUUAUUUUUUUUCCGUCCCGCGCUGCUCACCAACUCCAUCCACUCCCAUUUUAUAUAUCUAGUUCUUCUUCAUUCAUACCGUGAGUCACAUUUGGAGGACACGGUAUUUCAGGCUGAUGCUGUGAUUCACUUGAAAGCAGAUCUUGAUCGUCAAAAGAGGAUUUUAGAGUCGGGCUCUCCAACAGACGCGGAAAUAUGGACGAUGCUGGUUAUUAGGAGUUUUUCCGAAUCGUUUUCUCAUUUUCUUCGUGCAACUGUUUAGGGGUCCCGUGGAAGUAGAGGUCUACGCGGAAAGAGCGCAUCAACGCAGAGAAGUGCCUUGACAGGCAAACUGUGUCUUAUGCUGAGCUUAUCAGCCAACGUGACUCCUUAUGGCAUUUUUCGACUCUGCUAGCUAGGACACGGGGUGAAAAGCCCUAAACAAAAAUUCCAACGGCUCGCCAGAGAAAAUGCACUUAAACAUGAAAAUUACAGUUGCUAUUUCAACUUUUCAUUAUUACAUGAAAUAGAUACUGUUUGCGUAGCCAGGAGAUAUCUGAAUCACAUGCUUGAAGUAAGCUAUGGCAGAGAGAACCUUCGAAGAGUUUAAACUGUUUUGGCGAGAACAGUGAGAUAUUAGGCCACCGGCCUGGACAGAUUUAAGUAAUGCUGUCUGCUCCAGGAAGCAAUGUUUGGCUAAAUCAGUUGUCAGUUAAACCUGUGCUAACAUGUAAUCGUAUACCUUACAAUGCAGCAGUUCACACUUACAAAUUUACUUAGGCAGUCAGUUCUACACCAGACUUUUAUCACAGUUGACCCAACAUACUUUUUUGCGUAACCUAAGAUACAUAUAUGUAAGUUCAUAAGCGAUUACUCCUAACUACAGUCUACCAAGUUUGGAAUCGCACAAUGGUUGUACAAAAGCUGCACAGCGCCCAUCUCAUAUGGGUUGGGAUCCUCAUAUGCUGCUUCAUGGAAAUAGGCACCUGUCUAGAAUUUACAGGUACUGAGGGACAGUGGGCUAGGUUUCCAGUGUGGAAUGCAUGUUGUGAAAGUGAAAUGAGCUUCAACAUGAAAACAAAGAGCUCCCACGGGGUCCUUGUUUACUUUGACGACGAGGGAUUUUGUGACUUUUUAGAACUUCUCCUAAUAAACGGCAAACUCAGCCUUCGCUACUCAAUCUUCUGCGCAGAGCCUGCAACCGUGGUGUCUGACACGGCGGUCAACGACAGCCAAUGGCACAACGUCACGAUUAGGAGAAGCUUUCAGAACACAACCCUUUCUGUGGAUGGCGAGAUAAAGUGGGUGGAAGUGAAGUCGAAAAGACGAGACAUGACUGUCUUCAGCCAUUUGUUCGUUGGUGGAAUACCGCCGGAGCUAAGGUCUGUGACGUUGCACUUGACGUCGGCAGCGGUUAAGGAUCAGCCACCUUUUGCAGGAUGGAUAACAGAUAUAAAGGUCAACAACACGGAGUCUGAAAUGAUCAACAGCGAGGGGGUCUUAAUGGAUGUCUGUGGGACAGCCAACAUGUGCUUAAAUGGAGGAGUCUGCAGUUUAAUUAGCAAUGAACCGACAUGCGACUGCUCUCACACUGGCUUCCAAGGGAAGGACUGCAGUGAAGAAGACAACAAUACCGAAGGUCUGGCACACCUGAUGAUGGGCGACCAAGGUAAAAGUAAAGGGCAGAGAGGGGAGACUUGGCUUGUAAGGUCCCUACUGAGCAUACAAGGAAAAGAAGAGUAUGUUGCAACCUUCAAAGGAUCUGAGUUCUUCUGCUACGACUUGUCCUUGAACCCAAUUCAAAGCAGCAGUGAUGAAAUCACGUUGUCAUUCAAAACCCUACAGAGGAACGGACUAAUGCUGCACACGGGCAAAUCUGCUGAUUACGUCAACCUGGCGCUGAAAAAUGGGGCUGUGUCACUCGUCAUUAAUUUGGGGUCUGGAGCCUUUGAAGCUCUUGUGGAGCCAGUCAAUGGGAAAUUUAAUGACAAUGAUUGGCAUGAUGUCAAAGUUACAAGGAAUCUACGUCAGCACUCAGGCAUUGGACACGCUAUGGUAACCAUAUCCGUAGACGGGAUUCUGACCACUACAGGAUACACACAGGAAGACUAUACCAUGCUAGGCUCAGACGACUUUUUCUAUGUCGGAGGAAGCCCGAGUACAGCAGACCUUCCUGGAUCUCCAGUUAGCAACAACUUCAUGGGUUGCCUCAAGGAGGUUGUUUAUAAAAACAACGAUGUGAGGCUCGAGUUGUCUAGGCUGGCUAAGCAGGGUGACCCCAAGAUGAAAAUCCAUGGCACUGUGGCCUUUAAGUGUGAGAAUGUAGCCACUCUGGACCCCAUCACUUUUGAGACACCCGAGUCGUAUAUUAUUCUCAACAAGUGGAACGCCAAAAAGACGGGGUCCAUCUCCUUUGACUUCCGCACCACCGAACCCAACGGCCUUCUACUUUUCAGUCAUGGCAAGCCCAAACAGCAACCAAAGGACUCCAAGACACCCCAAACUCUUAAAGUGGACUUCUUUGCCAUUGAGAUGCUGGACGGCCAUCUGUACCUGCUGUUGGAUAUGGGCUCUGGAACCACGAAGACCAAAGCAGUCAAUAAAAAAGUCAAUGAUGGUGAAUGGUACCAUGUGGACUUCCAGCGAGAUGGAAGAUCAGGUACUAUCUCCAUCAAUACCCUUCGUACUGCUUACACAGCCCCUGGAGAAAGUGAGAUCUUGGACUUGGAUGACAAUCUGUACCUUGGGGGUCUGCCAGAGAACAAGAUGGGCCUCGUCUUCCCCACUGAGGUGUGGACAGCAUUGCUCAACUAUGGCUACGUGGGCUGCAUUCGAGAUUUAUUUAUCGACGGACAGAGUAAGGAUGUGCGACGUCUUGCAGAGAUCCAGAAGGCAGCUGGGGUCAAACCCUCAUGCUCUAAAGAGCCUCCUAAGCAGUGCUUGAGCAACCCCUGCCAAAACAAUGGGGUCUGCAGAGAGGGCUGGAACCGCUAUGUCUGCGACUGCUCUGGAACUGGAUACUUGGGACGCUCCUGUGAAAGAGAGGCGACCAUUCUCAGUUACGACGGCAGUAAGUUUAUGAAAGUCCAGCUCCCCGUGGUGAUGCACACCGAAGCCGAAGACGUGUCCCUUCGAUUCCGCUCCCAACGGGCCUAUGGCCUGCUAAUAGCCACCACAUCCCGUGACUCUGCCGACACCCUGCGUCUGGAGCUGGAGAGUGGUCGCGUCCGUCUUACCGUCAAUUUAGAUUGUAUCAGGAUUAACUGUACCUCCAGCAAAGGCCCAGAGACAAUUUUUGCGGGUCAGAACCUGAACGAUAAUGAGUGGCAUACCGUGCGCGUGUUCAGGAGAGGAAAGAGUUUGAAACUGACGGUAGAUGAUCUACCGCCUGUGGAAGGUCAAAUGGCAGGUGACCACACCCAGCUGGAAUUUCAUAACAUUGAGACGGGCAUUGUGACAGAGAAGCGCUUCAUGUCCAUGGUGCCCUCCAACUUCAUUGGCCACCUCCAAAGCCUCUCCUUCAAUGGCAUGGCUUACAUUGACCUCUGCAAAAAUGGUGACAUUGAUUAUUGCGAACUCAAUGCCAUGAUUGGCUUCAAGAACAUCAUUGCCGAUCCGGUUACCUUCAAGUCACGGUCCAGCUAUGUGACCCUCACCACUCUGCAGGCCUACUACUCCAUGCACCUUUUCUUUCAGUUUAAAACCACAUCUCCUGAUGGUCUCAUCCUCUACAACAGUGGUGAUGGAAAUGACUUCAUUGUGGUGGAACUGGUCAAAGGUUAUCUCCACUAUGUGUCUGACCUGGGGAAUGGAGCCCACCUCAUCAAAGGCAACUCAAAUAAACCCCUAAGUGACAACCAGUGGCACAAUGUCAUCAUCUCCAGGGACACCAACAAUCUGCACACAGUCAAGAUUGACACCAAGGUUACGACACAGACAACCUCAGGAGCCAAGAACCUUGACCUGAAGGGAAACCUUUACAUUGGUGGGGUGGCUAAGGAGAUGUAUAAGGACCUGCCCAAACUGGUGCAUGCCAAGGAGGGUUUCCAGGGUUGCCUGGCGUCGGUGGACCUGAACGGACGCCUCCCAGACUUGAUGUCAGAUGCUCUGGACUGUGUGGGACAGAUAGAGAGAGGAUGUGAAGGCCCCAGCACUACAUGCCAAGAGGACUCGUGUGCCAACCAAGGUGUGUGCCUUCAGCAGUGGGAGGGCUUCAGCUGUGACUGCAGCAUGACAACAUUCGGAGGACCACUUUGUAAUGACGCGGGAACAACGUACAUAUUUGGCCGAGACGGUGGACUGAUCACCUACACAUGGCCGCCAAACGACCGACCCAGCACAAGGGCGGACCGACUCGCCAUUGGGUUCAGCACACACCUGAAGGAUGCUGUCCUGGUGAGGGUGGAUAGCUCCUCUGGACUCGGAGACUUCUUGAAGCUCCACAUUGUAAAAGGAAGCAUUGCUGUAAACCUCGCCUUUGACCACGUCCACAAA